CGGGGAGGAAUUUCCCGCGCCGCCUCGCGCCCCGACGAUCUCCGCCGCGCCCACCAGAAGGCGCCCGGGCGCUCGCAUUCCCAGCGCAGCGCCGGGAGCCGAGCCGCGCGGCGCUGCGGUACCGAGAGCGGGGCGGCGGCCUGAGCCCUCUCGCCCCGCCAGUGGGACUGUGUGCCAGGAAUCACCGGCUUUGUUCUGCGGCCGGGGUGCUGCAGUUUCUCGACUCGGCUUCCCCGGGCAGGAAACGUCCAGCCCCCACUCCCCACCGGGGGGCCGAGGCCGCCCCCAGCCCCAUGAGGCCACCCAGGCCGGGGCUGAGAGCCCGGCGCAGCCCGGACCGAAAUCUCGCCGCGGCCUUGGAGCGAUAGACAGGAUGCGGCCGGGCCGCCGGGCCCUCUGCGCGCUGGCCCUGCUGCUCGCCUGCGCCUCGCUGGGGCUCCUGUACGCGAGCACCCGGAACGCGCCGGGCCUCCGGGCACCUCUGGCACUGUGGGCGCCCCCGCAGGGCGUCCCCCGGCCGGAGCUGCCAGACCUCGCCCCUGAGCCCCGCUACGCGCACAUCCCGGUCAGGAUCAAAGAGCAAGUGGUCGGGCUGCUGGCUCAGAACAGCUGCACUUGUGAGUCCAGUGGAGGGAGCUUGCCCCUCCCCUUCCAGAAGCAGGUCAGCGCCAUUGACCUCACCAAGGCCUUUGACCCCGAGGAGCUGAGGGCUGUCUCUGCUGCAAGGGAGCAGGAGUACCAGGCCUUUCUUUCAAGGAGCCGGUCCCCAGCUGACCAGCUAAUUAUAGCCCCUGCUAACUCCCCACUCCAGUACCCCCUCCAGGGCGUGGAGGUCCAGCCCCUGCGGAGCAUCUUGGUGCCAGGGCUGAGCCUGCAGGCAGCUUCUGCCCAGGAAGUAUACCAGGUGAACCUGACUGCCUCCCUAGGCACCUGGGAUGUGGCUGGGGAAGUGAUCGGAGUGACUCUCAGUGGAGAGGGGCAGUCAGAUCUCACCCUUGCCAGCCCAGGGCUGGACCAACUCAACCGGCAGCUGCAACUGGUGACUUACAGCAGCCGGAGCUACCAGGCCAACACGGCAGACACAGUUCGCUUCUCCACCGAGGGACAUGAGGCUGCUUUCACCAUCCGUAUACGACACCCUCCCAACCCUCGGCUGUACCCACCGGGCUCUCUACCCCACGGAGCCCAGUACAACAUCAGCGCUCUGGUCACCAUUGCCACCAAGACCUUCCUUCGUUAUGACCGGCUGCGCGCGCUCAUCGCCAGCAUCCGCCGCUUCUACCCCACCGUCACCGUGGUCAUCGCGGACGACAGCGACAAGCCGGAGCGCGUCAGCGGCCCCCACGUGGAACACUAUCUCAUGCCCUUUGGAAAGGGCUGGUUCGCAGGCCGGAACCUGGCAGUGUCCCAAGUAACCACCAAGUACGUGCUGUGGGUGGACGACGACUUCGUCUUCACAGCUCGGACGCGUCUGGAGAGGCUCGUGGACGUGCUGGAGAGGACGCCUCUGGACCUGGUGGGCGGCGCGGUGCGCGAGAUCUCGGGCUUCGCCACCACUUACCGGCAGCUGCUGAGCGUGGAGCCCGGCUCCCCAGGCCUCGGGAACUGCCUCCGCCAAAGGCGCGGCUUCCACCACGAGCUCGUCGGCUUCCCGGGCUGCGUGGUCACCGAUGGCGUUGUAAACUUCUUCCUGGCGCGCACCGAUAAGGUGCGUGAGGUCGGCUUCGACCCGCGCUUUAGCCGAGUGGCGCACCUGGAAUUCUUCCUAGAUGGACUUGGCUCCCUUCGGGUUGGCUCCUGCUCUGAUGUCGUUGUGGACCACGCUUCCAAGCUGAAGCUGCCCUGGACAUCAAGGGACUCCAGGGCAGAGACUUACGCCCGCUACCGCUACCCGGGGUCGCUGGACGGAAGCCAGGUGGCCAAGCACCGUCUGCUCUUCUUCAAACACCGGCUGCAAUGUAUGACCUCGGAAUGACGGCCCUCCUGGAACUGCCAGGAAUGCCGGCAACCCCUCCCCACCGUUGACUGUCCCUGACCCCCUAGUCCCUCGCAUCUCCCUUUUAGAACCUGAUCUCAGAGAGGGUCAUGUCCUGGUGACACCCCUCCUUUCUGGGGGUGCCUAAGGGCCUGAUGGAGCCAUAACCUCUCCCACAGCCAGUGCCAAGUCCUCCCCCUCCCCCGUUCUUAAGGGGCAGGAAACAGGGGGUCACUUUCCAAGUGCCAAAGAGCCCAUGGGGACUCUACGAACCCAAAGGGGAGCCACUCCCCUCAUCCCCUUAGGACCAAGGGGUGGGGAAGCUCCCCACCACGCAACCCCAGGGCUGUGCCCCCCAUCCCGCUCCGGAUCCAGGACCUUGUGCACCGGCUCCAGCCCACCCCCAUGGAGGGAACUGUGACUCGGGAGCUGGCUGGGGACUGGUGAACACACAGUGAAAGCCA